AUGCUACACCGUUCGGCCGUGGACGAUGAUCCCAGAGCCUUCCACCGAAAUCCCUCCGGACCCCUCUCAGAACCCCCGUCGGCACCGCCCCCUAAUCGGCCCGCUUCUCGGUCUUCCCGGCCAGGCUCUCGAACUCGCAUGAUGAAGACCUCUAGGGCUGUGACGCCGACGGGGCUCGGCAUGGUGAAGGAGAAUAAUGUCCCAGAAGUCUCACCAGUUGGACUCAGCAGCGCCAGUCCAAUCAAAGAGGGUCUGGGAAGUUUAAACCGAUGGUCACAGUCGACAGCCUCGAGCAAGAGUCCAUCUGAAUAUACUACCGGUCACCGUCGAGGCAGCUCGAAAAUGUCCAUCGCGGGCCAUAGCCCACGUUCGGGAGCCGCUCUCGGGGAGCUCCCUGAAUUAAGUCUUCCUGAAUUCAGGGCGUCCGACAUGUUUGCGCCAGCCCCAAACAACACCCACCUGGAUCUAUCUUUUACCGCUUCAAGUCACAUCUUUCAAAGUUCUCCGCCCAACGAUACUCAGGAAUCGGGCUCUACACCUUUCAAUGCAGCGCGCACAAGCGACGGUGCUACCUCGGCGGAUGGAGAAGGCGAUGCCGAUGCGGAAAAUGUGAAACAUGGCCAAACUCAGAAAGCCAUGCUCUCAAAAGCACUCCAGAAGGCGAAUACCGCUGUACUUCUCGACAACGCGGCCAAUUUUGAAGGUGCGAUGGAAGCAUACACGGAUGCCUGCCAAUUACUGCAGCUAGUGAUGAUGCGGAGUAAUGGAGGCGAUGAAGAGAAACUCAAGCUGCAGGAAAUCGUAAGUCUUGGGAUUGACCAGGAGCCACAGAUGGACAGAAAGGCUAACCAAGUACAGCGCGAUACUUAUAUGAUCAGAAUUACGGAACUCGAACGCAUGGACUUGCCCCUUCCCCAUAGCGCCGGCAAAGCUCUUCCAGAGCGCCCUCUGAGCCAGGAGUCAUAUGGAGAAUUACUUCAUGCCUCCACGCACGACGAAUCAAACCCGAAUAGUCAACAUAACUCAACGAAUUCCAGCCUUUCUCUGCAAGCGGCCGUUGACGAGAUGAAAUCAUUGCCAGCAGAGGCCAUUCCACCCCGUCGUCAAUCCUUACGACUUACUGGCCAAUCUGGCAGAUCGACUCCCUCCAGCGUUGGAAACCCAUCUUUCAAUGGUCAAUACUUGGAUACGUCUGCGCAAGGAACAAAUGAGCCUUCUUCGUGGCUGGACACAAUCGACGAAUCAGGAGCAUCUUCUCCGUCGUCUGCGAACUCGAAAGCAUCAUCGGUAUACUUGCGUCGACGCACAAGCCGUCGUCUUAGCACCGAUACCGAGGCUGAGUUUGAUGCGGCUCUCGAUGCAGCCGUUGAAGCUGCCUAUGAUGAUGGAUUGGAGCCUGUGAUCGAAUACAAUGAUGAAGAAAGCGACGAUAUUGUGGCCAAUGCCCGCCGAAAUAUCGAACUGGCGAAACAGCGGGUUCGGGAGGCCGAGCUCGAGGCGGAGGUUGCAAUGAAUCGUGGUCGUGAAAUGCGCCGAGCCCAGGAACAAAAUAUGUUCGAUGAGCAGCCUGUGGAUCGUCAUUCUGGUUACUUGGAUGAUGAGGCAGAGGAAGAGGAACGUCUUCUUGAAGAAAUGACCAAGGGCUAUGUAAUGGACGAUUUUGAAUUUGGCAUUCAAUCCAAGUCCGCGUUGCCUCGGGAAUCUGACUCGAGCAACAUGUCAGGCAGAACUUGGGAAAGCUCGGCUGGUUCAAACAUCACAGGCACCGGCGCUACACUGUCCACCCUCACUGAAGACGAAGACAUUUUGCCUUUCGAUGGACCAGGAGGACCACGUAGCAACUUACCUUCCUCCCCACCAACUGCUGCGUUGCCCCCAGUUCCAGUGUCAUCAGACUUCCCAGGUCUCCCACCACACCGCGCCUCGUUGACCAACCCUCCUCCACCUCCUACAAUGGGCCCUCCUCCAAUCCCAGGAGUGCGCGCGCGAAGACUCUCCAAGCAGCCACCCACAGAGUUGAAGAUUGAGACGAAUCGCACUCGUGCGGAUUCCGACGCUUCUGGUCUGGAUCCUCUAUCAACAACACCCUCAGCAAGUCGGCCUCCUCCGCCUCUUCCCAAGGACGACCCAACACCCGAACACUCCAGAACCACAUCGCGAUCCAGCUUGCAUCCUUCGAAACGCAAUCCAUCCGUUGGCUCUAUUGCAGAACAAAUCCACCUCGCCAAAACACGCACCCAGGAAGACGACGAGCAUCUUCCUCCGUUACCUCGAACUAUUGGAAAGAUACCCUCGGCCCCAGACGGACUACACAAGGUCGGAUCCGAUUCAAAGACAUUCCGAACGCGCAAUGUCUCUGUUCCCAACCCUGAGAUAACGCCCGGCUCCCCUACCACCCCGUGGAGCGGUUCUUUUCCAUCCUUGGAUACUCAAAAGGCUGCUAUUCCCGGCACCAUGCCAGUCCUACCCACACCAACUGCUUCAUUCUUCACCCAGAAUGGAUUGCCUACCGGUGGUCUGAACCUCUUCGACUGUGAUAUCCAUUCACCUACCAGCCUGGGCUGUCCAAACACGAUGAUAGCCAACGCGCCCCAACAACUCGAGCCUUGCCCCGAAUCCUUCCUAUCCCGUCCAUUCUGGCUUAUGAGAUGUCUAUACCAAACAAUCGCCCACCCCCACGGCGGCUACCUUUCCGCAAAGCUUUUCAUCCCCCGAGACGUCUGGCGCGUAAAGAACGUGAAACUGAAGGCCCUUGAAGACAAGAUCGCCAACUGCGAUCAACUGACUGCGGCACUACUCAAGCUCGCCCAGGUCGACACCUACGACGCGGAUGCAGUGUUGGAAGAGAUGCAAGCGCUAGAGACAAUCCUUGAUCAAGUACAAGGCGUUCUCUCCAAGAAGCUAGGCAACGAAGUCGGCGUCCACACAGCGAUUCCAAUCGUCCGUCCGGGCGCAGCAACUGAGGAUGCCGCCCACCCCGACCCUGCACCCUCCAGAACAUCUGGCACCUCGAACAAAUCCUAUCUACCCACCUGGAAACGUCUCCGGGCAAAGACCUCAGGUAUUAGCGCCGGUACAAGCACGCCCACCCCACCUAGCGGUCGCGAAAGUGCCAAGGAUAGCUUCAAUCUCAGUUCCCUGCCCAUGACAUCGGCUCCAUCGUCAUAUGUGAAGCGCAACACGAGUCAACUUGAAUUUACGGGCCCCAAUUCACAGUACAUGAGUGCGUUGGCGCGUCUGUUCGAUGCUGCUCAAGUUAUAGAUCAAAUCGCCCAACAAGUCGAAGAUCCAGGACUCAAGCACUCCUCCCCAACCCACGUCGGUCUGGAACUCAGCACCAGACACGCGGCCGAGUUCUUCGGCUUCUACAUCUGUCGCUUUGCCUUGGCUGAUGUGGGACUUAUGCUUGAUAAGUUCAUCAAGCGUGGUAGUGAGUGGGUGUUGAUUUAG